AUGUUCUCCAACUCCCUGCGGCAACGCGUCUCCACGAUACUUCAGAACUCCACACGCCUGCGCGCACGCUCGAUCGGGUUCCUGUCGACGCUGCCCGAGGAGCACGUGAUGUUACGCGACAUGUGCGUGCAGUACGCGGCCAAGAACCUCACGCCAAUCGCUGGAGAGCUGGACAAGGAGCACAAGUUCCCGGCUCAGCAAGUAAAAGAGCUGGGGGAAAUGGGGCUUAUGGGCGUCGCUAUUGACGACACAUACGGAGGAGCAGGACUGGACUAUCUGGCUUAUGCUAUUGCUAUCGAGGAGAUCAGUCGAGGCUGUGCAUCAACGGGCGUCGUCAUGUCGGUGAAUAAUUCACUCUACUGUGCACCGCUCGAUGCGUUUGGUACGACGGAGCAGAAGGAGAAGCACUUGGUACCAUUUGCUUGUGGCGAGAAGCUUGGCUGUUUCGGUUUGAGCGAGCCGGGGAAUGGCAGUGAUGCUGGUGCGGCAUCGACCACGGCACGGGCUACUGGGAAGGGAUAUGUGCUGAAUGGUACAAAAGCGUGGAUUACGAAUGCUCACGAUGCUGAUCAAGCAAUUGUGUUUGCUACGACGGACAAGUCGCUUAAGCAUAAGGGCAUUAGCGCGUUUAUUGUGCCGACUGACGCGCCAGGCUUUUCACUGGGAAAGAAGGAGGACAAACUCGGCAUUCGUGCGUCCAGUACAGGCAACCUUAUCUUUGAAGACGUCGAGAUUCCGAAGGAAUGUCUUCUUGGCAAAGAAGGAGACGGGUUUAAGAUCGCCAUGGUCACGCUGGACUCCGGUCGCAUCGGCAUUGCAGCGCAGGCACUGGGGAUUGCUCAGGCCUCGUACGAUUGUGCUAUCGCGUAUGCGCAGACCCGCAAAACGUUCGGUGUGCCUCUGGCAAAGAAUCCUGUUAUUCAGACUAAGCUGUCGACAAUGGCCACAGAAAUUGAGGCCUCGCGUCUGCUAACGUGGAAAGCUGCUGUCGAGAAAGAUGCGGGUCGACCCUAUACAAAGCUGGCCGCCAUGGCGAAGCUCAAGGCGUCGGAAGCUGCCACUAUGUGCUCCCACCAGGCCAUCCAAGUGCUCGGUGGCAUGGGCUACGUGUCUGAAAUGCCAGCUGAACGCCACUAUCGCGACGCGCGCAUCACGGAGAUUUACGAAGGCACGUCAGAGAUUAUGCAUCUCGUCAUUGGCGGUGCCUUAAACAAGGAAUUCGCCGAGACUAACUAG